AUGUGGGGCGGCGAAGACCGCGAGCUGGGCGGGGAAGCUACCACCUUUGCGCGCGGGCCAUUGUUGAAGAAGUUCGCCCGGUCGGGCGUACCAGGCGCGAGCGCCCGUGGGCGCUGCCGUCGCCGUGUUUUUUUGUUGCCCCCCCCUGCGUGUUUUAUCUAUUUGCAUGUUUGGGAGAGGGAGCAGCCAGACCUAUUGGCCUCCAGUCUGCCGCAGCGAGCC